UUGUUAUGAACUGGUGACAUUUCUUAAUUAAACAACGAUCAGGCUAUUGAAAGCGUGUUAGAGUAGGAAUAAAUGUUCUUUCCUAACUAACAUAUCGGAAAUUAGAGAAUAAAUUGUUUGCUAGUACUAUUUUGGAAAUACAAAAUGAAAAAAAAAAUUCUCAUCUGAACUGAAAAAAUAUACAGAUUUUAAUUCAGGUAAAUGUAAAAUGGCUUACCCGCAUGAAAAUAAAUACGUUUUGUUUACAUUUGCUUUUUUGAUGUUCAUUUCAUCGCAACUGAGACUGACUCUGUCAUAUAAUAUUGAGGUGGAGAAAGUUGGAAUAUCUCGGGGAGAGAAGAAUUCACAGUACGGAUAUACUGUCGCAAUAAUACCAAAACCAGGAUGGAAUGAAUUGUCAACUUUCUACAAAAAAGAACUUCUAGUUGGUGCCCCAAAUAUAACGUACAACAACAUUAAAAGUCAUGGACAGGUAUUUAGAUGUACCAUCCCUACAGAUAAGAACAUAACCUGCGAAAAACUUCAUCUGACUGAUGAAAGUAAUCUGUGUGCUAGGGUUUCAAAGAACACCGACAGUGAAUGCACUACUGACAGCAGACUCGGUGCAACAAUGGAAGUCAACAGAAAAUUUCCAGAUAUCAAAUGGGACACAACAAUACCCGAAAUGCCUAUGGUCACAAUAUGUGCUCCGGGCUGGAGAAAUGUUUUCCCCGAGACUAUGCCUGGCAAAUAUCAGAAUUAUAUGACUGGAAUGUGUCUUAAGGUGCGAGAUGAUUUACGAACAUUAUCGUGUGCCGAUCGAAGUUACUGUUGGCCGUUCUGGCCAAACAGAGACACAACAAAUGAAAAGGGGAGACCAUUUUUUACAUUCGCUGAAGGUGGAAUGUCUGCAACAUUCACAAAGGACGGACGAAGCGAAAUAAUUGGUGCCCCGGGUGCUGAUGACUGGCGAGGUGCGUACAAAAUUAUUCAGAAGAACGUACUUCGGAUGGAUAGGGAAAGGACGACUAAUACACUUUAUUUUGGAUAUGCUAUAGUGACUGGAAAAUUUCGAAGUGACCCAGAACUGAUUGUGUCUGGGUCUCCAAACUGGAACAAACCGCAUAAUACUGGACAUUUUGGAAAGGUGGAGGCGUUCAAUGGAAAAACUGAAGCUGUCUCAAUAGAAUUUGGCAAACCCAAGGAGGCUUGCCCAAAUCAGCAAUCAUCCGAUCUAAGAUCGUACAUAGACAGCAUAGACGUCCAUCAAGCAGGUUCAAAGUUUGGAGCAGCGUUAGCCGCAGUGGAUCUUACAGGUGACGAAUACGACGAACUACUUGUCGGUGCGCCACUGUACACUGGCGACAAUCCAGAGGAAGGUCGCGUCUUUGUCUUUAGUUCCUCAGAAGAUGGAAUUUGUGGCCCAAUAGGGAUACUUUCUGGAGGUGCGAAUGUUGCCUCUUUGAAGGACAAAGUAUCUUUUGCUCGCUUCGGUUCAGCUAUAUCGUCAGCCGGAGACCUUGACCACGACUCUUAUAAUGAUGUAGCGAUAGGGGCUCCGUACGAAGAUGAUGGUACAGGAGCUAUAUAUAUCUACCCGGGAGUAGGGCAGUGUGGCUGCAAAAUGGAAGAUAAAUUCUCCCAACGGAUUGCAGGCAGUGAUCUUGAUGUUGGUAUUCGAACAUUUGGUUGGAGUAUCUAUGGAAACGAGGACAUAGAUGACAACAGCUUUCCAGAUGUUGCUGUUGGAGCUUACGAAUCAAAUACAGCUUUCGUUUUGAGGGCAAGACCUAUUGUGAACGUUCAUAUAGAAAUGAAGAUGACACCGAAUCCGAUACCGUUAAAUGGUUCCUUGAUAGACUGCUCAAUAGAUAAAGAGACGCUUUGUUUUAACGUCCUGGUUUUGUUCCAGUUUAAUGCUGUAGGAACUAGAAAUGGCAACGUCAGCGAAGUUAAGCUCAAAUGGACCCUUGAUUCUGAUACAGUAUACAAAAGUACGGAAGGUUGGAGCCGGGUAAAGUUUAGAGGUCCUGGCGGCACAGGGACGUUGACGGAAUAUAUUACACUUUCUAGCAGUAUGAAUCGAAAUUACCUUACAGAUUACGUCAUUGAUGUAAAAGGAUACAGGGGUAAACCAGAACCGAAAGAUGCAUGGACACAAGUUCGUAUGGAAGGAAGGUUUGAAUUGAUUCCAACAAAGCAAGAUAAUUUUGCAGACUUGGAUCCAAUCCUGAAAAAUGAUGCCAAGACGCACAUAGUUAAAAAUAUCGAGUUUGACAAGAAAUGCGACAGUAUAACGACGUGCACGGCUGACCUAAAGCUUACGGUAGAGAUGUUUCUGACCAAGGAAGGAGUAGUACCUACUCAAGGUAAAGAGGAGACAAACAUAUACAUCGAUGCUGCUAACAUUCUACAGGCAAUGACUCAUUAA